AUGGCUAUGUCGGUGCUUGAAUCCCUAUGGGGAACUAUCUUAUCGACCCCAACGAAAAAGGUCGUGGAUGUCUCUCUCAUCCUUAGUGUCUGUGUAUGGCUCGUUAUCUUGGUCUCGCGGAAGUGGGCUUCGACCACAGCCAAAGCCUCGAGUAGUGAUCUAGAGACACCCGCUGCAGGUGUGAGAGGAAAGGUCACCAGGCCACCGGGUGAAUGGACUCCAUCAGACUUCAAACGGCCAACAGCAGCCCCAUACUCAGGAUGGGAUGUCCAUUCGACAAAACCAAUUCCCUACCGGCCAUUUAGAUACGGCCCAAAAUACUACAUCACGCUAGGUCUAAGAAGCAUGAAAUGGGACGAAUGGAUCGGUGAGUCGAUCCUCGAUAGUCAAAUCCCAGCAGUCCCAUUGACCUCUUACACUCCAAACACAGAGCUCGACAACCAAUAUCUAAAAUAUCACGCCGACAAAGCACGCCGCAUCGAAGAGCGCGGUAGCAAAUGCUGCCACACAGCACCCGAGGCGAUGGACGCUGCAAUCGAACUACUCGAAGAACUAUGCGCCUACCUCCCCGAAAGAUACCCAAGCAUGUUCACCAAGACCACAACGGGAAUAACCAACAAAGUAACCAACGAAACCUUCAACAUAGUCCAACGCCCACUCCCCGAAGACCCAAUGGCAACAGCAGCCCGACUGGUUCAAGACGACCUAGCACUAAUGAUCGAGCGCCCAGACGGCGAAUACUACCUACUAGCAGGCGCGAUCCUGCUAGCCGGGUUCUGGCGACUGACCGACAAAUUCGGGAUGCGACUGUCUGAGAUUCACACAUCAGGCGAUGUACCACAGUUCAAGAGUAAGCUGGAGAAAGGGAUGAUGAAUUUCUUCCGACGAUUACGGCCCGAAGAACCGGUUCUUCGGAAUAACUAUUUCAUCCAGGUGGAUGAUAACUUGGCGUGGUCGGAGAGUAUUGGGUCUGAGGAUGCGGAGACAGUGUCGUGGAAUACGGCGGAGAAGAACCGGGCUAUUGAGAAUCAUUUCUUUCGCUCGGAGAGGCAGUCGUUGAGGAGAUUGCCCAGAUCUGGGGCGGUGGUUUUUACGAUUCGGACUUAUUUUGAGCCUGUUACUGGUAUUGUUGAGGAGCCUUAUGUUCCUGGGCGGUUGGCGAAUGCGGUUAGGAGUUGGGGGGAUGAUGUUAGUCGGUAUAAGGGGAAGGAGAAGUAUCAGGAUGUUUUGUUGGAGUUUCUGGAUGAAAAGCAUCGAGUACAGGUUGAGGGGGGUUUAGAUGUUGAGAAGGAGGAUGAGGUUAGAAGGUAUCCUCUUUGA